UCUCACUCUCUCACUCUCUCACUCCUCUCUCCCUCCUCUCUCCUCAAAUGAGAUCGCUUCCUCCCACUCGAAGCGAGUCCGUUGUGUCUCCCGCUCCCCUCCCCCAUCUCCCCUGCUGCAUUUUUCACUCAUUUCUUAUCGACUCUCUCUCUCUCUUUUUUUUUUUUUUCUCUUUCUGUUGUUUGUUUUUCCUGGCGUUUUCUCCUUUUCUCGUAACUCCUGACGCCCGUGAGCAGCCAGAUUGCCUCACUAAAAUCGACCGCAUUACCUUCUAUCCCAACCACGGCUGCACGUCACUGGCCAAGGAAAUCUUCGCGGUAAGAACUAACGCUACGCUCACUCUCCAGUGCCCCGGCUACUCAGGAAUGCAGAUGAAUAAUACCCAGGCAAAGACGAAAAGAAAGAAAAGAGAAGCUACAACAAAUAAAUGCCGGGAACAAGUCUCACGCUUAAUGGAAUUGUGGCGUCGAUUCAGUCGCAUUUCAUAGAAACAAAAUACACCUUUCUUACAGCUGUAUUUCACCCCAAGAAAAGAAAUCAUCUUUAUUAGGUAGAUGUAAUGUUAACUCUACUGUGACAUUUAAAAGACCACCGAUGGUUAUUUUUUUAAUUACAGAAGGGUUUCUUAACUUAUUUUUUAAGCUUUUAUUAUUUGAUGUGGGUUUUUAAUACAGGGGAAAUACUACCCCUCAAAUGUAGGGGGAGUCUGCUGUAGCAGUGAUGCCUGGGCCACUGGCUUUGUGCAGUAAUUUCUGCUGGAACUACAUAACUUCCCUUAUUUCAAGGGAAGAACCUAAACAUGUAGCAGAAGGAAAAAGAGAAGGUUGAGAAAGGAAAAGGUUGAACUCAAGAGCAUGCAAACCUCUGUUUAAAAGACAGGUGUUUCUUCUAUGUGUACUGAUACUUAUUGUGUUCUUAUAUUAAAAAUGUACAAAAGAAAAUAAAAGCAAAAGGUGUGCACAAAAAGUUGUACAUAUAAUGAAGCAAUCAAAGAAUUUUUGAGCAAAAUAUUGUGCAAGUAUUGCAAAUCGAGUUUUAAAAAUCAUCUGACAAGAGUGAUGUAUAUGCAAGCAGAUCCUGAAGAAGUGCCUUUAUUAAAGCUAAAAUAUAUAUUUUUUAAAGUUAUGGAAUAUAUUUUUAAUUUAUUUGUAAGCACUUUUUAAAAU